GAUUCGUCGACUCCUCUAUGAGUACUCGUAUCACCGUGAACAUGCUCCCCAUGCUGGACAAGCCUCCACUGCACCUUGCCAUAAUAGUUGCCAGGGACAGCCCCAUGACAGUCGAUUGUCCGCCUGAGCGCCGUGGGUUCGACGACAGCUUUGAAGCCGUGAAACGGAAACUUGCGCUUCAGGUGUACACUUGGCAGGCCUACACUGCCGAACAAAUGCGGCGACACCGCUUUGGCCGGAGAGCCUUCCGACUCGACGAGGUUCCCAGUUCGGAGCGGCAGCAUACCCUCUCGACGCUGCCGAAGAUUCACAUCCUGCACAGUAAACGCUCAGUGCAGGAGUUCCGAGACAAGGACAACGCGCAACAGUAUCAGGGAGCUAAACAUGGCGGUGCUAUGCUGGACUUCGUGACCGAAAUCCUGGACUCGCCAGCUUGCCCGUCAGAGCUAAGGCAUGGAACCGGCGCGCAUGUAGCCUGUCUCACGCUCGAUGCGCAUUGGGAUGCGCAGAGUAAGCUGCUCAGGGGUCACGCCGCCGUAGGGUUUGGAGGUCCCGGACCCGGCCGGAAGGUCGGUGUCAUGGGAUCGCACUGGAUACACGCUGCGCCGCUGGACUUGGAGGAAGUCACGAUGCGUUUUCUCGACACUCGUGCUACGGAUGAACGGCAUUGUGUGAAUGAUCUAGGAGAAUGCGGGACAAAUUGGGAGACAUUGAAUAUUGGCAGCGGGGCAUUCCUCCACGAAACUGGACAUGUACUGAACAAUCCCCACCAUCCGUCCGGGAUCAUGUUGCGUGGCUAUCAAGAGUGGAAUCGCGCUUUCAUGACCCGCGAGGCGUAUUCUUCACGGAGACGCACGCAAGGGUUCCGCCCUAUCACCGCCGAAGACGACGAUGUUUGCCAUUGGCACCGACUCGCUGCCAUCCGGUUCCGCUAUCACCCGUUGUUCCACCUCCCUAGGGACCCCCAGAUCCCGUGCGUCGUCGAAAACCCGAAAUAUCAGGGCCCCGAUGGAUGGCAACGCUACGAAGAAGACGAGCCGUCCUGGCAGCUCACUGACGGCGCAGUUACGCUGCUCGUGCCGGCUGGCGCCGCCUGCGUCGAGUUCCAGGUCGACGGGAGAUUCAAGACCCAUUUCGAGUGGCCGUAUAUGGAUCCAGCUAGCCAGCCUCCGCCGCCGAGCAGUCUGGUAUUCCCUCCAGAAUAUGUAUCGAACCUGCUACACGUGGACGCGAUGAGAGCGAAGGUGACCCUAAGCGCUAUUGCGACGAAUCACCGUCAGGCCGAAAUUCCGGACUUCAAGAACAUGUUCCAGCAGAUAAGCUUGCCUGGCUUGCAGGGCGGAGUCAUGAAGACGGUAGUUAGGGGCGUCGAGGCGGAUGAUCCGCGUCGGCAUUGGAUCGCUCCAUUCCCAGACCGUACUCCCCAUGGCAGGGCCGCUGGAAUCCGGCUCGUCCGAGUCUCCGUAUUUGCUGGAGCUUUCCUCGACGGUAUCCUAUUCCAUUACUCGGACCGUAGCUCCCAACCCUACGGGUCGACAACCAAUAGCACCCCGGCGCACUUCGACCUGCAACCCGGCGAAGACUUGGCCAUGCUCAAUGUUCGAUCGGGCGGGUGGAUUGACGCCUUGCAGAUCGUCACUACUUUGGGACGUAGCAGCCCAUUCUAUGGCGGGGGCGGCGGGGGCGUGAGGUCGAUUGAGGCACCGCCAGGAUACGUCCUUGUAGGGCUUUACGGCUCGAGUAACGACGGAGGAGGAAAACCCGGAUGGGUUACUUCACUGGGGGGAUUGUAUCAACGCGGAUGAAGUCAGGAAUCAUGUGUUUGAAUGGAGUGCGAAACCUUCACAUUUUUAUCCUGUCUAAGUAUGAUGAAGAUAUCUGGAACGUAGCAUUAUAGUACCC